ACUGGAGAGUUGGUUUGUUCUCUGAGUCUGGCUCAGAGACGUAUCAGCAAUACUUACUUGCCUUACUCGUUUCCUGGCCGUCUUCUGCUCUCCACGUUGUUUUCCUGAGUGGACUACGUAUAUUUUUUAUAUUUUCCAGUACACUUUUACCAAUUUUACGGACAGUGUCAACAUGUCAGCAUCACCUGUAGCCACACAAACUGCCAACAAUGGCAUUCCCACCAGACGAGUGCGGAUCAAUUCGGAGAGUGAGAUGCCUUUGGAAUAUGGAACCACGCCGGGCGGUACCAUGUUUGGUACCACACCUGGAGGUACCAAAAUCGUUUAUGAGCGCACAUUCCUCUUGCAAAUGAGAACUUCGCCUUUGGCCCGAACUCCACCAACAAACCUGCCCGUGAUACCCGGAGUGACGGCCCCUUCGGAAAAAGAAAACCACAAAAAGAACGGCAAAGUGAACAGUGGCCGUGUUUCGCCCACAAAGGGCAAGGGGGUUCCAAGUUCCAUUAAGGAGGAAGAGGAACAAUUUUCCAUGGAUAUGUGAGGAGGGUCCUUCAGAUGAGACGCAAGUUGAUCCUCACGUUUACCUCGUAUCUCCUCCCCCUUUUGUUCCACUUAUGGCGUUGAAGAUUCGACGAAAACAAUCAAAAAAGCCAAAAAACUGAAAAAAACAUCCAACACCUCAAGCUCCAGGAUAAAAAAGAUCACAUUGCCUUACUUCAAUGCACGAUAAAUGAACGCUAAACUAUGCGCCACAAUCUUCAAGAUCACAAAGCCUACGGGGAAAAUGCUGCAUUUUUAUGAACCCUUUGGAUGACUUUUCGAGAUGCUUGUGUUGCGCCAUUGCAACAUAUGAUCUUUUGCAUUCUUCUGAUGAAAAACCAAAUAAAAAAUAUUUAAAUAUCAA